AUGCCGAACGCGACGGACGCCAACGCACUGGCUGCGGCCAUGCGCCGGACGCUCAACUUGCCGUCCACGCGCUUCCCCAUGCGCGCCAAUGCUGCGGUACGAGAGCCGCAGCUCCACGCGCGCUGCGUCUCGCUCGCCUACGCGAACCAGUCGGCCGCCCGGCCGUUGUUCGUGCUGCACGACGGGCCGCCGUUCGCCAAUGGGAGUUUACACAUGGGCCACUUUCUCAAUAAGGUGCUGAAAGAUAUGAUCAACCGGUAUCAGCUGCUGCGGGGCAAGCGCGUGCGCUUUGUGCCUGGAUGGGACUGCCACGGGCUUCCGAUCGAACACAAGGCACUGCAGCAGCUGCGCGUUGGAGCGACCGAGUUGUCGCCGGGUCAAGUGCGCGCCUUGUCGCGACAAUUGGCUCGCCAGGCGAUUCACGAGCAGCAGAAGGAAUUCGAGCGCUGGGGCGUGCUGGCCGACUGGUCUGGAGCCCAGGGCAGUGUCUACGUGACCAUGGAAGCGAGCUACGAAGUGCGGCAAUACGACGUGCUGAAGAAGAUGGUGCAGGACGGACUUAUUUAUCGAGGCUUCAAGCCCGUGCAUUGGUCCCCGAGCUCCCGCACGGCACUGGCUGAAGCAGAGCUCGAGUACCAGGACGAUCAUGUGUCUCAAGCGGCAUACGUCAAGUUCCACUUUGCCUCAAUGGGCACGAAUGCCAGCAAGACAAUGGCAAAAAUGGUCGACAAGUACGCACAGGACUUGACCGCAGUGAUUUGGACCACGACGCCGUGGACGAUCCCGUCCAAUCAGGCUUUGUGUGUGAAUGCCGAGCUCGAGUACGUGGUCGUGCGUCCUCGGCAUGCAAACUCGAACGAGUGCUUUUUGAUCGCAAGUGCAUUGCAGGAAAGAUUUGCGGCGAUGUUGAAGGGCGAUUCUGAGGCGGAAGUAGAGCUGGACGUGCUGGAGACAAUCAGAGGCGCCAGUUUGGAAGGUGCGCGCUUUGCGCAUCCGCUGGUAGACCGAGAAGUCGUCGUGCUAGUGGGAGAGCAUGUGACGACCGAAGCAGGUACUGGUGUCGUGCACACAGCCCCGGGACACGGUCAAGACGAUUACUACAUGUGGAUGGCGCACCAUUCGACACCCGGCGAGCAUCCAGACAUUCUUUGUCCAGUCGAUGCUGACGGGUGCUUUACUGCUGAAGCUGGACAAGGUCUCGAGGGGCUUUGUGUCUUGGACGAGGGCAACACUGCAGUUGUCGAUUUGCUCAAGAACUCAGGGAACUUGCUAUCCGUAGAUGAAUACCGUCAUCGGUACCCGUGCGAUUGGCGUACGAAGAAGCCUGUAAUCUUUCGUGCUACAGCUCAAUGGUUUGCUCGUCUAGAUGCGCUUCAUGCACGGGGUAAAGAAGUGCUGCAGCACUCGGUCCAGAUGGUACCGCCUAGCGCGCGACGACGUUUGGAAGCAACCCUGUCCAGCCGUCACGAGUGGUGCAUCUCUCGCCAGCGCGCGUGGGGACUGCCGAUUCCAGUGUUUUACCACAAAGUCACGGGUGAACCGCUGAUCACAAAGGAAAGCAUUGGACAUCUUCAGGGCAUUGUAAAGACGUACGUCGUUAUGGGUGAGAACGGCGAAGUUGAGCGCGAGGGAGCGGACUGCUGGUGGGAUCUGUCAGUUCGCGAGCUGCUGCCAGAAUCGCUCCAUGAUCAAGCCGAUGAGUACGAGAAAGGUACUGACACGCUGGACGUGUGGUUUGACAGCGGCAGCAGUUGGCACGCGGUGCUGCCCAACUUGUUUGAGCCGGCCAGAGACGAGCCGAUCUGUGCCAAUGUGUACCUCGAAGGCUCCGACCAACACAGGGGUUGGUUCCAGUCUUCGCUGCUGACGUCACUUGCGAUGCAGGGAACGGCGCCGUACAAGACCGUCAUCACGCAUGGCUUUGCUCUGGACGAGCGGGGCAGCAAAAUGUCCAAGUCGCUGGGCAACACGAUUGUGCCGAACGACUUCAUCAAUGGCUGCACUAUGCCGGUGCCCGUCACCGACAAGAGAGCAAACAAGAAAACGAGCGUGGAGACCAAGAGCAACGGUUCGCAGAAGGCUGUGAAGGUAAAGCAGACAAAGGUGCCCGCAUACGGUGCUGACGUACUUCGCUUCUGGGUGGCCACGACUGACUACACUGGCGACGUGAGCAUCGGCCCUGCAGUCGUUGGUAAGGCCAGCGACGCACUGCGUAAGGUGCGCAACACGGCACGAUUCUUGCUCGGCAAUUUACAAGAUUUCGAUCCAGCGUUGCACGCAGUCCCGCACAGUGACAUGCAGUCGUCGCUGGACCGGUACAUGCUGCACGAGCUUAACUCGCUGGUUCAGUCAGUGAGCGCGGCAUACGAUGCGUUUGCGUUCAACCGUGCCCAGCACGCCCUCUCGCACUUCAUUUCGACGGAUCUAUCAGCUUUCUACAUGGAGGCUACCAAGGACCGCCUGUACUGCGACGCAGCCAACUCGCAGACUCGACGCUCUGCUCAGACCGUAUUGUGGCUGUCGUUGCAAGCGCUUACCCGUGCGCUUGCACCCGUGGCGCCACACACAGCUGAAGAUAUUCGCCUUCAUUGGCUGUCGCAGCUGCAAGGAGACAUCCCGCUCGACGAUGUGGUCGGUAGUGUGUUUCUGGAUGGAGACUGGAUGCCGAGUGCGGACGAGUGGACGAACGACGAAUUGUCGCGUGACUGGACUGCGAUCCGUCAGCUGCGCUUUGAGGUGAACCGAGUGGUAGAGCAGAUGCGCCAAGCCGGUCGAGUCGGCAGUCAGCUCCAGUGCAACGUCUAUGUGGUCGCUUCCGAGUCCGAUCCGCGUGCUGCAGCACUGCUGUCUCCGGUCGCGAGCAGCUCCGCCGAGCUCGAGGACGUGUUUCUAUGCUCGAGCGUGAAAGUCGUGGGAUCCGAAGCCGAGAUCGGAAGUGCAGAGCAGUUCAAGGCGCGUUGUCAACUGGCAAUGGGCCCGAGCGACGCCCCGAUGGGCGUAAAGCUGGUGCUGACUCCGGCCGAGGGCCACAAGUGUCCGCGCUGCUGGAAAUACGCACCUGAAGUGGAUGCGGCGGAGACGCAGUUGUGCGUGCGAUGUGCUCAAGUCACGGACCUUCGCAGCGUCUCUGAUCUGGCCAGGAAACUGAUUGAUGGACGAGCAGUUGUGGAGGCGAACUAG